CCAAGCAGCUGAGAGAGUGAUGAGCUGCCUAAACGUUUCAAGAAGCCAUAUCAUUUAAUCUGGAAUCAUUUACCCUGGUUUUUAUCUUCAGUCCUGGAACUUAUUCGUCUUUUUUUCCGGAAAUUGAACUAUAUUGUUUCCAAGUUGUUUUUUUUUUUUUUUUUUUUUGUUUUUUUUUACAGAAAUCCCCCCCAGAACAUUCGCACCUGUGCGAGAGGCUCAUCUUUAGUGGAGCUCGAAACGCUUGUUUGCGGUAUGGGAUGCACCUCGUCGGAUCUGAUAUGAACUUUAUGUAAAUGUACUUUUAUUAUAAGGAUCGCUACUGAACAGUGGAAUGAGGAGCGCGCGUGCGAUCUGUGAGCUAUAAUAAUCUAUACGGAGUUUGAGCUGCUUUACGAUUGACUUGUUCAUUGGAGUUGCACUCAGAGUACCGACUCCCAAGGAAAUGACGCCCAAGGAAAACGCGGCACUCAUAUUCGUGCUUUUUCACUGUUUGAUACCAGUGAAUGGGAUGGUGUUAUCCCCACAGCUGCAUCCUCCCAAAGACACACACCUGCAACAUGCUGGAGACUCCCUCAUACUCAUCUGCAGUGGGUCAACCCAGCUGCAAUGGAAGCUUGCCAGUAGGAAUCUGAACUCUGAAGGGGUCCAGGUUGAAGCAUGCGAGCAAACUGAACACUGCAGCAAGCUGGUGAUACACAACCUGAUGUACACAGACACAGGAUACUACACUUGCAGUCACAACAAUUCCAGAGAACAUGAGAGUUCCACAUAUGUCUUUGUCAAAGAUCAUCGUCACCCAUUCUUGGACACCUCCAAGGAAAACAUCCUUUAUGCGCAUGAAAAAAUUCUGGAAAUCCCUUGCAGAACAACAUCUCCUACCCAAAAUGUUACUUUGGAAACAAUUCCCUCCAUGAAGGACUCUGUCAAUGCACAUGUGUCAUGGGAUCCAAAAGUGGGGUUUAGGGUUCCACUGGGUCCAUUUAAGAACUACAACUUCAUCAGAUGUGUCACCAGUGUGAAUGACAAACAAGUCACGGCAAGCUUUAUCUUAGUGCUUCAUAGCAAUGUUCUGGACAAUGUACAGAUUGUUCCUGGGCAUCCGAGGGUCCAUGUUGGAGAUACCCUGACCCUCACCUGUUCAGGAAACACCACAUUCAAUAGCAGGAUUCAAUUUGAUUGGCAAUUCCAAAACAGAUCUAUCAGUAGGAUUCACAAGACUUCAUUGAGAAGGAGCAACCCUAACCAGGUCAUUGUAAUGAGCAGUAAACUAAUUAUACCCAAUGUGACUGCGGAGGACAGUGGCAAUUACAUAUGCACAGCAACACUAAGUGGCAUUGAGAAGCAUGCUUUGGUCACAGUCAUUGUACAUGAGCAUCCUUUCCUCGGUGUGACCCAUAGAACACAUACAAUUGUUGCUAAAAAAAGUAAAAGGUCGGACUUUAAACCACAGGCUGAUGAUAUGCAUGCUCAAGAGUUGUGGCACAAGGAUCGCUUCCCCAUCAAUGCCUCCUCAUGUUAUGAGUUAAUGGGUUAUGAUUUCACCAUCAAGGAAGUGAAAGAAAAUGAUACAGGGGUCUUUACCAUUGCUUUAUUCAACCAGAAAAAUGGGCUUUACAGGAAUAUAAGCUGCACACUUUUUGUUGAAGGGAUGGUGUUAUCCCCACAGCUGCAUCCUUCCAAAGACACACACCUGCAGCAUGCUGGAGGCUCCCUCAUACUCAUCUGCAGGGGGUCUACCCAAGUGCACUGGAAGCUUGCCAGUAGGAAUCUGAACUCUGAAGGGGUUCAAGUUGAACCAUGCGAGCAAACUGAACACUGCAGCAAGCUGGUGAUACACAACCUGAAGUACACAGACACAGGAUACUACACUUGCCGUCACAGCAAUUCCAGAGAACAUGAGAGUUCCACAUAUGUCUUUGUCAAAGAUCAUCAUCAUCCAUUCCUGGAUACCAGCAGUGAAAAUAUCCUGUUUGCAUACAGGAAUGACAAAAUUCUGGAGAUCCCUUGCAGGACAACAUCUCCUAGUCAAAAUGUUACUUUGGAAACAAUUCCUCCCAUAAAAAAAACUGCCAAAGCAGGCACAUCAUGGGACCCAAAAGUUGGAUUUAGGAUUCCACUAGGACCUUAUAAGACCUUUGAAAGGAUCACAUGUGCCACCAGUGUGAAUGGAGCAAAGUUCACAUCAGAAUUCCUGUUCCAACGUCGUACCAGUGUUUUGAGAAAUGUUCGUAUUACUCCUGUGCAUGUAAGAGUUCUGGUUGGAUGCACACUGAACAUCACCUGCUCAGCAGACACCACAUACAAUGGCAGGAUUAAAUUUGAUUGGGAAUUCAAACACAACACUAUCAAUCGGACUCACAAGACUCAUUUGAGGAGGAGUAAACCUAACAGCAUCAUUGAAAUGAACAGCGAACUAAUUAUACCCAAUAUGACUCUAAAAGACAGUGGCAUGUACAUAUGCACAGCAAGCAUAGAUGGACUUAGGAAUGACCAGGCUAGAGCCAAGGUCAUUGUACAUGAGCAUCCAUUCCUCACUGUGACUCAUGGAACUCAUAAGGUUGUCACUGUUGAAGAAGGUAAAAGAUGGAACUUUGAACCCCAGUUUGAUGCUCUGCCUGCACCAGACAAAGUAAUGUGGUACAAGGAUGGCUUCCCCAUCAAUGCCUCCUUAUGCUAUGAGCUAAUGGGCUAUAACCUCAUCAUCAAGGAGGUAAAAGAAAAGGAUGCAGGAGUCUUUACCAUUGCUUUAUCCAACCGGAAGUAUGGGCUUUACAGGAACAUCAGUUAUACACUUUUGGUCAAAAUGAAACCAAGAAUAUCUGAAGAAGAGGUGGCUCCUGUAGGCCCUCAGACUUACAGGCUAGGCCAGGAGCACCAGCUUACCUGUACUGUCUUUGGAUUUCCAAAGCCCAAUAUCACUUGGCUGUGGCAGCCCUGUGACCUGGAUCACAAGCUCACAGAGUGCAAAUUGUACAGGAAUCCAAUAACUAUCCAAGAAAGUACAAAAUCUUCAUAUCCAGCCAACUUGAUUAAGGCUAUGUCCAGUGAGCCAAAGGAAAUAAAUGGCAGAAACAAGACAGUAAGCACCCUGGUCGUGAUGGCUAAUGUGUCAGGGGUGUACACAUGCAAAGCCAGCAAUAACCUUGGAGAGAGGACAAUGACAACUCAUUUCUAUGUGAAUGAACAUCCCCAGUCUUUUGAGGUCAAACCCAUGAGAGCCUCUGAGGGAGAUGAUGUCACUCUGAUUUGCCACGGCACACGGUUCCUCUAUGAUAGUCUGAGCUGGUAUGGUUCACAGAGUCACCAGGUUCAGGGUGACAGCUCCAUCCAGAUCAGUCCUUAUUCUGUGUCCCUAUCACUCAGACUGAAGAAUGUUUCUAGAAACAACACAAAUGGCUAUGAGUGCAGAGCAGUCAAUUUGAUCACCAAAUCUGUGGUCAAUACAACUUCCAACUUAAUCAUUGAUGAGAGGAGAGUUCCCUGGUUGAUUCAGAACUUGACCAGUCAGGAUGUGAACAGCAGCAGUACACUGAAACUAACAUGUCAGGCUCACGGUGUGCCUCCUCCAUUUAUUACAUGGUACAAGGACAAGAUUGCCAUCACAGAAGGACCAGGAAUCACUCUGAAGGACAAUGGUGUCCUGAUCAUCCAGAGGGUGAAGAAAGAGGAUGAGGGCAUGUAUGAGUGUAAGGCCAGUAAUGCUGAAGGUGCAGUAACCGCUAGUGCAGUCAUCACUGUACUAGGCGAUGAAGGCAAGCCAAAUAUCGAGGUGAUCAUCCUUGUGUGCACAGGAGCUGCUGCCACAUUCCUUUGGAUCAUGCUCAUUCUCUUCAUCCGCAAGCUGAGAAAGCCAAGUUCUGCAGAUCUAAAGACAGGGUACCUGUCCAUCAUAAUGGAUCCUGAACAGAUGCCUCUUAAUGAACAGUGGGAUCGUUUACCUUAUGACAGCAGCAAAUGGGAGUUCCCUAGGGACCGCCUUCGACUGGGUAAAACUUUGGGCCAUGGUGCUUUUGGAAAAGUUGUAGAGGCUUCUGCAUUUGGCAUUGACAAACUGUCAACAUGCAAAACAGUUGCAGUUAAAAUGCUGAAAGGAGGAGCUACAAACAGCGAAUGUAGAGCUCUUAUGUCUGAACUGAAGAUACUGAUUCAUAUUGGCCACCAUCUCAAUGUUGUCAAUCUAUUGGGAGCCUGUACUAAGCAAGGAGGCCCACUGAUGAUUAUUGUGGAGUUCUGCAAGUAUGGCAACCUUUCUAACUAUUUGAGAGGGAAGAGAGGAGACUUUGUGGUUUAUAAAUCUCAGGAUGGGAAAGCGAUGCUGCCAAGUUCAGGGUGCGAACUAAGUGAACUUCUCAAGCGUCGACUAGAGAGUGUGGCUAGCACGGGAAGCUCAGCUAGCUCAGGCUUCAUUGAAGAUAAGAGCUACUGUGACUCAGAGGAAGAAGAGGAAGAAUCUGAAGAUUUGUAUAAGAGAGUGUUGACACUAGAGGACUUAAUUUGCUACAGCUUUCAAGUAGCCAAAGGCAUGGAGUUUUUGGCUUCACGAAAAUGUAUUCACCGUGAUUUGGCAGCACGGAACAUCCUGUUGUCCGAAAACAAUGUUGUGAAGAUAUGCGAUUUUGGACUAGCCAGAGAUGUGUAUAAAGACCCAGACUAUGUCCGCAAAGGAGAUGCCAGACUUCCUCUUAAGUGGAUGGCGCCAGAGGCCAUAUUUGACAAAAUCUAUACUACACAGAGUGAUGUUUGGUCCUUUGGCGUUCUAAUGUGGGAGAUCUUCUCUCUGGGUGCCUCUCCUUAUCCUGGUGUACAAAUUGAUGAGGAAUUCUGCUGCCGCUUGAAAGAAGGCACCAGAAUGCGAGCUCCUGAGUAUGCUUCCUCUGAAAUAUAUGAGACCAUGCUGGACUGCUGGCAUGGAGAACCACAGCAGAGGCCCACUUUUACAGAGCUAGUGGAGAGACUAGGAGACCUUCUUCAGGCGAGUGUGCAGCAGGAGGGUAAACAUUACAUUCCAAUCAACACAGCACUGCUGACUAAAGAAGAUCCGUUAAAUACAGACCAUUCAGAGGAAACUUCUUUGAGACCUGUCUCCCUCAGAACCUCAGGAGGCUCGUGGAACAUCAAGGUUUGCCCAGACAGCAUCAAAACCUUUGAUGAAGUAACAAUGGAGAGUGGAACAAAUGAUAUGCAUGAGGGAGGGCAUUCGGACAGCGGCAUGGGUCUGUCCUCUGAUGAUCUGAAGAAGCUGAAGCAUUUGGAUUCCUUGGUUCGACCCUUAAGUAUCAUGGCCCUGGCGAUGAAAACUAAGAGUAAGGAGUCAGUAUUUUCAGAGGGAGAGAAGGAGAAAUAUCCUCCAUCCGUACCUUCACUAGACUUCACUAGUCUGGAAGAUUCCUCUUUGGAUCCAGAGCUGGAAUGUCAUAGCCCUCCACCAGACUACAAUUAUGUUGUCCGCUAUUCCACACCACCUGUCUGAGUUUCCAGCUGCUACCCAUGAGCCUUCAGGGCCUCCUACCCAAUACCUGGACUAUUACACUUACUACUUAAUCUUUUCUUACUUUUAGGAAGCUUUUUUUUCUAAAGAUUUUGUUAACUAAUUCUGUUACUAUUUUGACAUGUAUAUUGGUCAGUAUAGAUCCAGCACUGUUACAUCAGUAUGAUCUCCAACAGUGUACAGCAGUACAAUGCUGCUGUAUUACAUGCUUUGACUCUUUGAAAUUUUUGAAACACAUCACAACAUACCACUGUGAUAUGCACAUAUAGACCACCUCAGGUAUUACUGCAAUCUACUGUGAACACAAAAAGAGCAACAUAUUAAAUCUUGUAUUAUAGCCUUGUUUCAACAAAUCACACAUUCCCAUAAAAUCAAAAUUAAGUUUAAAAUGAAAAAAAUUCUGUAUUGUUACUAAUUUGAAUAGUUUAAUGAAAAGAAACUGGAAAUUAUUUUAUUUUGCAUUUAACAUAUAUAUAUUUGGUAUAUGACAAUGUUACUUUAAGGAAAAUAUUUUUUAUCCGUGGAUACAACAGGAGUGUUAUUGACUCAUUACAUUUUCUCGUUUAAAUUUUCAGGACAAUACUUGAUUGAAUAAUUUUUCUUUAUAAUUCUGCCCUUCCUUAUAGAUCAUAACUGCAUGUAAACUUGUUCAGAUGUAACCGUUUGUAUGUAUUCAUACGCAUUUGUUUGUAUUUUUAUUACCUGAAUCCACAUACUGCUCUCAAUGUUAUACACUAUUUAUACUGUUGCACUAAUUGUUAUUAUUAUUAUUAUUAUUAUUUUUUUUAGAAAUAAAUUACGAUUAGUUUAACACAAUUAAUACCUAGCAUUAAUAUUUGGCAUUCAAUUAAUUAUUGAAUCAUUUUAAAUCAUCACAAAAUCAUUUAUGUUGAGAGGAAAUGUGAUCUGAACUCUGUAAGACAGUUUUUACACCAAACUGUUUAUUUUAUUGAACUCAGUAUGAAUGAUUUUAUGAGCUAUUUAUACUUCCCAUGUGCUACAAUAAAAGUCUUAAUAAAUAGUAUUGGAAAUUCACCACUUUUGUAAGAUUAAAAAAUAGACAUAGGAUAAAUAGUCCAAUCACUUUCAAAUAAGAAUUCUUUUUUAAAUAAUUAAAGACUAAUCUAUCACACAUAAAGUUUCCUCUGCCCUGCAUUUAUCUUAUACUUGGUCAAAGUUCAAUAUCUAAUAACCUUUGGGCUGUUUACACUGUAUACAUGAUAGUUGAUGUCCAGUUAUUGACCUGUUUUAUUUUAUUAGGAAUGCUGUUGGUCCUGUGCAUGUGCUAUAAUCUGACUAAAGCUUGCAGGGCAGGCUCAACGAUUACUAAGUAAUAUAAUUUUUAACAGGCUGGUCUCUACAUAUAUAUAGUCAUCACAAAUUAUAGCAGAAGCAUAUGCACACAUGCAGGUAAUAUCAUUAAAGAUACUGUAACGGGGACAAUGAGAAACGUUUGGCCUUGUACCCAAGAUUGUUGUCAGGCAGGAGAGAACUAUUACUCUUAUUUGUUACUUGCUGUCCAUUUUUCUUAAUUACCAGUGUUUAUUGGUAGAUAUUCCAUUUUUAAUUCAGUACCUAAUAUCAGAUAAUAUUUUUAUUUGUGUCCAUUGGCAACGUAUAUUGUAUGCACUGCGAUAUUGUUUUCAUUCAUUAUAAUUGUAUUUUAUCCAGACAUCAAUAAAGAUUUAUAUAUUUAUACAUAA